AUGAAAAAACAUGGGGUUACAGGGUCGCACGAAACGCCGCAUGGAUUGAAAUUUGAAGAGCCGGGCAAAGUUAUCACUGUUUCGAUACUCGAAAUGCCGAUCAUCCUGCUACCGACGCAACUUCUUCCAUUCCACACCGAUUAUCCGUUGCUUGUUUCACAACUUCGACAAGCAGCCAGAGAAAACGAAUACAUCGCACUGAAGCCGAAAGUAGAAACGCUGGAAACCGAUAUAGCCACUUUGAUCCAGGUUCUCUUCAAUUCCCAUUACUUGAAGUUCUGCAUUCCUAAAAAUUACGAAUCUCGAAUUGAAUUUCUGCACAUGAAUACGCUUUCCGUUGAGGAAGCAGUGUUUGAAAAGAGUGCUGACAAAAACCGAUCCUUUAAUCGGAGGUUCUGA